CCCGGUUCCGCAGUCACUUCCUGCAGCUGUUUCCCCCGCGCGUCGCGCUGGGCUGACUUUUGACAGCCAGCGUUUUGGUGUCGGGAGGGUUCGGCCCGAGUCGGCGGGGAAAGUUGCGCCGGGCGCGGCGGAGCGGAGCCGGGGGUGGCGGGGCGGCCGGCGGCGAGAUUCCCGGGUGCGCCCGGGGGGGUUGUUCCGAUUUGAAGACUCAACUUUUCAUCGUGCAUUGGAUUAUGCCCAAGACUUUCCUACCCAAUGAUCCUCUUGCAACACUCAGCACUUCCUCCACCUAAGCAGCCCUCAUCCUCUCCUCCUAUGUCAGUAGCCACCAGGUCUACAGGAACUUUGCAGCUUCCACCGCAGAAGCCUUUCGGGCCCGAGGCUUCUCUGCCUCUGGCUGGGGAAGAAGAAUUACCUAAGGGCGGGGAGCAAGACUCGGCCCUGGAGGAGCUAUGUAAGCCCUUGUACUGUAAACUCUGCAAUGUCACCUUGAAUUCUGCACAGCAAGCUCAGGCUCAUUAUCAGGGAAAAAAUCAUGGUAAGAAACUCCGAAAUUACUAUGCAGCAAACAGCUGCCCUCCUCCUGCUAGAGUGAGCAGCGUGGUGGAGCCUGUGGCGACUCCCGGGGUCCCAGGCCCCCCACAGAUGGGCUCCUUUAAGCCUGGAGGCCGAGUGAUCCUGGCCACUGAGAACGAUUACUGUAAGCUCUGUGAUGCCGCCUUUAGUUCCCCGGCCGUGGCUCAGGCUCACUACCAAGGGAAGAACCACGCCAAGAGGCUGCGGCUGGCAGAAGCGCAGAGUAACUCAUUCUCGGAAUCCUCGGAGAUUGGGCCACGGAGGAGCCGGAAAGAAGGGAAUGACUAUAAAAUGAUGCCAAAUCGGAGAAAUAUGUACACAGUCCAGAAUAAUUCAGGCCCCUACUUUAAUCCCCGCUCACGACAGAGGAUUCCACGGGAUCUGGCCAUGUGCGUUACUCCAAGUGGCCAGUUUUAUUGUUCGUUGUGUAAUGUUGGAGCUGGUGAAGAGAUGGAGUUCCGGCAGCAUUUGGAGAGCAAGCAGCAUAAAAGCAAGGUGUCUGAACAGCGGUACAGGAAUGAGAUGGAGAAUCUGGGCUACGUAUAGUGAUUCCUGUGUUCAGAGCAGUGUGUCCUGUCGUUUGCCUUCUGUCAAUGUGUCCUGCUCUGUGGUCCUCUGAUAUGAGUACAUUCCUACGCUUACUGUUAGUACAUGUAAUCAUGCCGUGGUACUAUGAGAUGUCAGAACUGGGGAAGGGCAAAGAACAUGCUUCUUAGGGUCAUCCGAUGUUUUCAGGUUGGUUAUGUCAAGCUACUUAUUUAUUAGAGCAUGUGACCUACCUACCCCGUGAGAAACAACCUUUUUAUCUUGAGCAAGUUUAGGUCGACUAGUAGCUUGACCACGUAGAGCUUUAACUAUUUAAACUUGUCUUUUUUUUUUUUUUUUUAAAUUCAGUUUUGUUUCAUGGACUGUUAAAUUCUUUUAUUGAGUUCUUGCUCCCAGAUCAUGGUAAAAAAUAGCUCAGCAGAGAUUUUGGUUUUUCAAAACUUCUUUGGAACCACCACCUCAACUCAGUAUCUUGUUACUAAGAGAUACUUGACAAACUGCUUUAGGAUCUUUCCAUUUUCCCAGAACGUCCAUGCCCCCACCCCGCUCAACUUCUUUAUUUCCAGUUGUGAAUUUCCCUCAUUUAAAUGUUACCUUCCUCCUCUUUGGCCCUCUCCCCAACCCCCAAUGAAUUAUCUUCUCAAUGAACUCCUUUUCAUGGUCCAUCUGGAAGUGGUUUUCCAAGCCCCUUGUUUGAAUCCAUUGAGUUGAAGCUAGACAUGAUUAACUAACGUUUCCCAGCUGUUUUUAGGAAAGGGCAAUCUGUGUUCGAUUUCCCUGUGUAGAGUUAUUUCAUGAUAUUAAUGCACUUAAAGUCCCAGCCAUACCUUCAAUUUUUUUGAUAAUUGAUUUGGCACACUCUUUUAGAUAUCCUACCUUACUUUUUACUUGCUUGUCUUCUCCAUCUUGCUAGUUGUUUGUCCUGAAAAAUGCGAGGCUACCUUAUUUUUCUCAUAGAAAGGAAACAAGACAAAGUUAAUAAAAUUUCUGUAUCACUCACACUAGAAAAAUUUAUGAAACUUGGUUUCCUUCUUUAUAAAUUCAUCUUCCUUGAAGGUAAGAAAUUUUUUUUUGUAGAUAACUUUAGUGCCCAACAAUUACAGCAGUAUUAUUUUUGUUGUUCUUGAAAUAAGAAGCUCUAGUGUAUGUCUAGAUUAACUCAAUAAACUUUCACUAGCUGGAUUGUAUCUAUUCCCUGUAUAUACAUGGAUAAGACCGGUGCUCAUCCAUCCUUCUUCUGAAAGACCACAUUCAUCAAGGGGUUUAUACUGAGUUGUAUUUUUGCACCAUGUCCAAUUUAUACUUGAUUGUUUAUGUUACUCGUUAACAAUAAAACCCCUCUGUUUUCCUGGAUCACUCUGUAGGCAAAGAGAUGGGGACAAUAAAAAUUACAGUCAUCCUUCAUUUCCUUUAGCAUUUCUGGAUAAAUUGAACAGUCUUCAUCAAUGACUUUCAAUUUCUGUGGACCCACGGACUAGCCAAGGUCUGUGGACUGGUAGUGGGAGCAGCUGUAUUCAGCAGCAUUAAUUUUCUUGUAAACCAGAAUUGUGGAAUCUAUGGGCCCCGCAGUUGAAAUCCAGAGAUCUAGAUCCAUGAUUAGAAAUCCUAGUUUUGCAAUUUACUUCUAAUACAAUAUGGAGUUUCUGUCUUGCGUGGAAGUGUUGGGUUUUUGAAAGAGAAUUGUGUAGGAAAUUUUUUUUUUUCUCCCGGAAACAAGAAAUAAGGUGACUCUUCAUAAUCCUUUCUGCAGUAAUCUGCAAAGUAUAAUGAAUUAGAUUCGGGUAGUUUAGAGUUUAUUUUAUUGGUCAGUAGGAUUUUUGUUUUGCUGCUAAGUAUAUAUUUUUUGGGUAGAUUUUAAUAUUUCAGUGCUGGCCACUUGUUUCUAUAUUAUUUAAAAAUCUAGUUUUUCUCUGUAUGUGUGUGUAUGUAUAUAUGUAUAUGUAUGUGUAUAUAUGUAUUUAUGUACAUACACACACGUAAAACUAUAUGUAUAUAGUUUUAUGUGAGGCCAUAGAGAUUUCAUUGAAUUCUUAUUUCAGCUAAAAGUAAAGGAUUAAAGGAUUGUGGGUAAGAAUUUUCAUUUUGUAAAAGUGAUAUUUAUCCACAUUUAGUUUUUUCCUUGCAAAUAAGAUGAAAAGAAGGGUUAUUCUAUUGUAGCCACUUAACAACUUCAUAAUAUAUAUACAAAAAGCAGUGGAUUAAGGCCUUGAUGUUUUUCAGGCCUUGUGUAUUCAGGUUUCCAGUCUCCCAGUGCCCUUAAUGGAAUUUAUGAAUGCAUAAACGCAUUUUCUUUUAAAGAAAAAAUAGAUUUAUAGUAUUAUUUCCUACUUGCUAUAUUUCUUUGCACUAAGAAUGAGCUAUGUGUUUGUUUUAUAUGACACUUUAGAUGCCAUAUUGCCUACAAUAACUCGGUUUGCUCCUUAAUUUAGAGUUGAUAAAUAAUUUCCAUGAUCACUUAUAGGAGUUACAUAUACAUCCCAAAAAGAAAAUCACAAAUCUCUGUGACAGUGGGCUGUGUUUUGGGCAUGUUACCUUGCAAUAUUCUCCUGCAUUCUUUGAUGAAGCAAAGGGGGUCAGAGACUGUCAGUAAGAAAAUGCCUAAAUUAAUGCAUGGUACAAUUUCUCAUGGUACAAUUUCUUAGGCUCAUGAAUUCCUUUUCGACAGUGCUUUUUUUUUUUUUCCCUGUCAAAGAAAGCCGUUGUUACUAUUGCAGUCAGUGAAAUGUGAUCUUUAUUGGUUUAAUUUUGUGCAGUUUGGUCUUUCUCUAUAAUGUGCUUUAGAUUUUGCUCCCUGUGCUCGCCAGGAUUCAUGUUGGUAUCUUUCUACAUGCUGUAUACAAGGACAGACAGAAGCCUAAACUAUGGAAAAACUUUAGUCAAAUUAAAUAGAUUUCAGUAAUCAUCUGCAAGUCCUCGUGGCAUCAGUGUCUCUUCUCUCUGUGAAUAUUUAUGUGUGAGUUGUCACUCAAAACCAGUGUCAGAAAAUAACAAUGAGAACAUCUUCAAAGAUGUUGAGGGUAAGAAGUUGUAAAGGAAAAUUUCCACGUUCUAAUGAAAAGACUGGUUUGUAUAUGCCUUUGAAGUGGUUUCUUUUUUAAAAGAAAUAUUUAAUUUACAAAACUGAGUGUGCCAUGUAAUUCUUUGGCUCCACACUGAACAAAAAUGUUAUCUUGUCUUUUAAUAUUGCAUACUGCAACUUGUAAAUAUGUGCAUGUUGCUUAUUAUGUUUGUCUGCUUGUCUCCUGUUGCACUGAAUUCUGCAAAAUGAAUAAGUUUCUUACACCAUUCAUUUAGAAAAAGUUCCUUCUUCAACACCUCCUUAUUAUGCCCUCUUUUAGUUACUGGUAAAUUGAGAAAACCAUUUAGAAAUUCUGCCACCCUGAGAUUGAAUGAGGUAUCAUGGUUACCUCAUUUCAUGUCUAAUCAUUCCAUGUCUCAUCGAUCUAAACAGCUAAAAAGAAAGAAGAGAUGUUGCAAUUAUUUUACGGUGCUGUUUUAAAGAGCUGUAAUACUUGCUUAUAUCUGUAUUUUGAACAAGGAUAAGAACGUACAUAUAUGUAAAUCUUCUUCAGCAGAUAGGAUCUAAGGAUUUGGUUGGUGGCUUGCUAUCUUCAUUCCCGAGUUGUCUGGGAUUAUAAAUAAUGACAGUUUGAGGACUGUGCUGUGAUCUAUGCAGAUGAGUUAGACGUCAGUGGCGAAAUGAAAUUGCUAAGCAUAGUAUUGGCUACAGGGAGGUCCAGGAAUGGUAAAUUUAGAACCUAAUUAGUUUUAUUACCUCAAUGUCAGAAUUUAAGCUGGAAGUCUUCUCUAAAGAGCUUGGUGAAGCAUUAUAGAAAGGACUGUUGAACUGCCAUAGAAAUAGAGAAGUAUUUUGUUAGUAUAAAGGAAAGUUUAUUGCAGGCUUUAGAACAGAUGUUUAAAGAAGUUUCUACUUAUCAACUGUUUUUUUUUAAUCAUCCAUCCAAAUCAUCAUGCAGUUUUAUGAUAAUGAACAAUGUUUACUGAUUUGCUUUUCUGGCUGUGGACCCCUGCAGGUGUGAUCUCUUAUCACCCACCUAGCUGAAUGGAUAAAUAGCUGUAUAAAUAAUGACAUCUCACAGACGUUUCUACUGAUAGCUAUUUGACUUUUUUUCCUUCUACAAAUGGGAGAACCAUUUGUAACUCCCUUUCUGGGUAGCUACCAAAAAAUACUGGCUUCUGGUCCCAUGUGACCCUGUCUCCAUUCUCAAGCCCAAAAUUUGAGUGCCUUUAGCAAAUUUUAGCAUUUUAUAGAGAGAAGAAGUGAUAUAAUUCAUUUAUAAACCAUGAGUUUGAGAGAGAAAAGGUUUGUGUGAAAUUUUUGUUCUCUUUUUUUUUUCCUUAAUGUGCUUUCAGUUUGAUUAAUAAAACGGUUGUCAUUAUUGAUCAGGAACUGUAUACCCUAAAUAUGAAUCCAGUUGUUUCAGACUGGUAACAGUCAUUGAUUCUUUUUUACCGCCAUCUGUUACAUUUAUAUUUCAUCAUGGUAGUGUGGUAUUUUGGGAAGAGCUUUAUACUCAUGUUUGGAAAAAACUAUUGCAGUUGUCUUUUUUAACUUGUCUGUUCUGUAGACAGGAGAGAAUGAUAUAUUUACAUGUGACAAGGUCUCAUUUACAGUACUUGUGUCAUUUCAUCUUCAAAGUCAAAAUCUCCACAACUCAGAUUUCAGGUUUUGGAGCAUUAUUUUCAUUAAUUUAAAAUUUCAAAUUGCCUGAGUACUUUUGAGUUUUAAGAUACACUGCCAACUUAAUUUUAUUGUAGGGAUAUCAACAUUUUUCUCAAUAUUCUAUUGUGAAAAAUUUCAAAUGUCCAUCAUGUCAAAAAAUUAUUACAGUAUACCUGUUACUAGAUUCUAUCACCAAAUUUGACUGCAUUUGGAAUGUCACAUAUCUCUCCGUCUCCAUUGAUUUAUUACUUUGAGUGUUAAAAAAAUAUGCAUUUCAUUGUCUAUUACAUUGCAUUUUUCUUAACCACUCCAGAUAGGUGUUAUUAACUAGAAUUUAAUGUUUGUUUAAAUGUUAAUACUUUAACAUAGUUUAACAAGUUGAUAACCUGAGCCAAUCAAAUACCUUUUUCCCCUUCUGAACUUUAAUCUUCCAGUUUCUAUUUUCAUACGUGUUUUGAGUGAGGGAAGACAACACCUUUUCAAAUGGAAGUUUUCUAUGUUGGUCAUUUUAAAUGCUUUCUGUCAUACAUCUUCAAGUUCUUGAUAAAACACUUUUUCUUUGUCCCUCUUAUAAUAUAUUUUUAGCUGAACUAUGCAGCCUCUUAAACUGUAAAUUACAUAUUCUGAUUUGUUAGAUCAGCUUUUACCUCAUUUAAAUCUACUGCUGCUUUUCUCCACAUUGGCACUUCUCCUUUUAUUUCUUUAACCUGUUUCACCAGGAAGGAGAUAGAAGGGAGUGGUCAGACCCAUUUUUUGCUGAGCUGUUUUGUACAAGUUAAGGAGAUCAGAUGAAGUAACUUAGAAAGUUACAAUCAUUCGUUGAUGUAAAGCCUUUGAAUUCUUACAGAAUUAAAAUGUCCCAUUCUUCCUCUAGUCAUAAUAGGAUUAAAAAUGAUUGUACUGUACAGUAAGGUUUUGAAAUUAUGAGCCUAAGUAUCCAUUUUUAGCUUUACUUUAUAAUACUGCUUAGAAAUCCAUAUAGCUUUAUUAUUUUUUUUUGCCAAUUUUUGUCUUCGUGAAAACAAUCUGAAGAAUUUAAGUGACUUAUUCAAGUCAUAAAGAUAAAAUGGAUAAGUCAGAAUUAAAAUUUUAAAACGUUCUUGACUCAUACUCUUACUAAACUUAUGGCUUCCAAAAUAACUCCUUUAGGGCCCUUAAAUGUUAUGUUUUUACUAGAUAUUCAUUUUUAGAUAUUUCAUUAUUCUUUGAACUUGAAGAUACUGUCAUAAUCAUAGUUACUCCUAAAGCCAAUGCCGUUGCUGAAACUGUCACUCCAUUAUACACUGAUGAAUAUUGCAGACUCAUAUCAAUGUCUUCUGCAUUUAAAUGACCUUCAUGAUUCACUUAUAACUCGAUAUAAGUGCUCAAGUGACCCCCUCACUAGUGAAAAUGUUCUAUAUACAUCAUAUGUAUAUUCUCUCUACAUGCUAUAUUUUUUUAAGGAAAAAUAACCCCAUGUGUCAGGAUGAAGGAACUCCCCUAGGGCCAAGCACACUUCAAGCAGUUUAUUUCUACUCUGUUAGCCUGGCAUUUACUGAAAUAAAACUCUUUUAGAGUGUCUGGCCAUUGUUUUGCCUUCUUUUGGUACUUGAGUCCCUUUCUGUGGUUUUGUAAACCUAUGUGUCGUUUUGUACAAACUUCAUGUGUCAGUGUUCCCCUCGUGGUAGCUUCUGCUGACCAUACUUUACUUUUUGUCUGGUCUCUGUCUGCUUUGAAAUGCCUUACUAGAAUAUGUUAGACUCUGCUCUAAAGCAUUCCAUGUAUCUGCUAGGAUGAUGAGUUGCUUCUCUUGAAUGUACGCUUUAGAUCCAGAAGCAAAACUAACUUUUGCUUUCACUGUUAAAGGUUGCAUUUUACAACAGCUAACUGCUUUAAAUUAGAGAAUAAAAUAAUGGAAAACCAAGGGAGACUCCAGAACCCUUUGAUUAAUGGCAUGGCAAACUUUCAAAGCUGCUUUUGCAAUUUCACUAGGGCAAUAGCUCAGCUAAAGGAUAUAUCUAAGAAUGCCAGCACAAACUAUGGAGUUGGGGUUGGCUUCUAAAAUGUUCACUAAAUGUCAUUCUGGGUAUGCAGUUGGGGCUAAGUGCCAGCCACUGCUAUGGAAAACUACUUGUGUUCUGGGGCUACAGAAUUUGCAAGUGUUGUGGGAUUAAAACUAAUCAAGUGCGAAUUGUGAAAUGGAAAUUGUUCUAUUGGUUUUAUUAUCUACAACAUACUGAGUAUAGAGAUCUGAAAGUUAUUUAAAAUUCACAUUGCUUAUGUUGAUGGCUCUUUUGGCUGUGUAUCCUCAUGUACUGAUUUCUUGAUAAAGGCUUGAUGUUGUUAUAACAGGCAUUUUGUGUUCAGUUAAAUAAAAACAAUUUCUGAG